GUUCAAAACCAAGAAGAAAAAGAAGUAUUGGAAAUUAUAUUUUAAGAGACGUGAAAGAAAAAAAAAAGUUCAUCAAGGUUGUUGGUAUGUUGUUCAAAGUUGUUAUUGUCAACUUCCUUGUUCUUAUCGCUAGUUUUCCUCAUCAACAUGAAGAAAAGCUUUUUCAUGAUUUAUUUGAAACCAAUAACUAUAACCCUUCUGUACGACCAGUGGUUAAUGAUAAGGACACAGUUAAUGUAACUUUUGGAUUGAUUUUGUGUCAGCUUGUGGAUGUACAAGAAAAAAAGGAGCUGCUAGUGUUGAGUACUUUGGUAAAGCAGAUAUGGCAAAAUCCAUUUUUAAAAUGGCAUCCUGAAAAAUAUAGCAACAUUAGUGUAAUACACAUUGACCCAUCAAAAGUUUGGAAACCAGAUAUUGUACUUUAUAACAAUGCUGGGGAGGACCGAUUAUUUGGUGGAAACCUUGAGACAAUGAGAAACCGUAUUAUAUUAGAUAAUACAGGUGUUACAACAUGGAUAACACCUCUUAUUUUAACAAGUAAAUGUGAUAUGGACGUAAAGUAUUUUCCUUUUGAUACUCAAAGAUGUCCGCUUAAAUUUGGAAGUUGGACACAUGAUAAGCAUCGCUUGAACAUCAUAAAUGAAAGUCCUUCUGCUGUUCUUGAAAAAUUUGCAAAUCAUACUGAGUGGUAUUUGGUAAGCGCAGGCGCUCUUAGAAGUGAACAAAAAUACAUAUGCUGUCCCGAACUUUAUCCUGAUGUUACAUACACAAUAGAAUUACGAAGAAGGUCGUUGUUUUAUGUAUGCAAUCUCAUAUUUCCGCUGAUUGUAAUUAGCUUACUUCCCAUUCUAUCCUUCAUUCUUCCUGCCAGUUCAGGAGAACGAAUAUCCUUAGUGUUCACUAUUCUUUUAUCUUUAACUGUCUUUAUGACAAUAGUUGCAGGUAUUAUUCCUGACACUAGCGACUCAGUGCCCCUAGUAAGCAUAUUUUAUCUUUCUGUAUUGUUUGAAAUGGUAAUCAUGAUACUAAUAUUGUGUUACAUAAUGACUCUGCAUCAUAAAGCUGCUUGUGAUCCUCCAAUGCCUAACUGGAUGCGAAGGUAUGUUCUCAAUUGGUUAUCUUAUUUGCUUCAUGUUAAUGAAGGAAAUUUAUUAAAAGCUCCAGUUGAACAUAAACUUUUAGAAAAACAAGAUUUGCUUAUACAGUUUAUGAAAAAUAUUGAGAAAAAAACAUCUGGAGCUAGUAUUAGCAAAAGAAAUAGCUUUGACCCACAAAGUGAAGUUUUUUCAAACAUACCUGAUAUCUUUGCUCAAAUGGACUCUUUUAAGCAGGCAAUCAAUGACAAAGAGUGUGAAAGUAAUAUUUUAAAAGAAUGGAAGAUUGUUGCCAUGACGUUAGACAGAUGUGCUCUAUUGUGUUUUGCAUCUUUAUAUCUUUUGACAAUAAUUGGAUGUUUUUCUUUGUCACCAGGUUAUGCACCAUAGCCUUAGUCAUGGUUCUACACAGUUUAAUAAAUAUAAAAAUUUUCAAAAGUUUUAAUUUCAAUUUGUAUAUUCAAAAAAUUAUUUAGAAAGUAUAUUUGAA